AUGAAUUAUUUUGGUCUCCUUCCAGAGGAACUUAUUCAGAAAUUUGCUCUGUUGAAAAGAAACUGCUUUGCCUCAGUGUUUGAGAAAUAUUUUGACUAUCAACAAGCUGGCUCUGGUGGAAAAACUCAGGCAGUCAUAAAUUACAGAGAAGAUGAGUCCAUGUGAGUUAAAGAAGAUUUUUUUUAACAUGUUUUAUUUUUUCCUCCUUGACCGUGGCAGUUCAAUCUCUGAGACUGGUACAUUUAUUUUUAGUUUGUCUUAACCUCUUCCUUCCCAAAUUCAAAUUGAAAAUUGAAAUUCUCUGUUCUGGCUACUAUAAAUUUUUAAUAAGUGAUGAUGAUGAUGGAUGCUCAUGGGUCAAGUUGUUUCUUCCUGUUUCUUUCCAAAGUCUUAAUGCUCUCACAGCAAAUACAUGUACAAUUUAGUGUUUUAGCAUGAUAACACCCCCUAUAUGAUAGGUCAGUCUAUACUGGUCACCUGCUUACUGGAAGUGUAAGGAGAGGUUAUCUGUUUUCUCUCUUCAGGUAUGUCCAAGCAACAGAUGAUCGUGUUACAGUUGUCUUCAGUACUGUAUUUAGAGAUGAUGAUGAUGUGAUCAUUGGUAAAGUCUUCAUGCAGGUACAGUUUAGGCUAGCUCUGUGA